UGGCUUAUUUUCACGGAAAGUGUAGAACAAAAAGUCCCGAAAAUAUUUACAAACAAUCGCCGGAAAAAUGAAGCCCAGCCCGAAAAAAUCUGCUACUUCCAAGGUCAAACAGCGCACGAAAUCCUCGAGCAGUAAUAGUGGGAGUUUGGCAUCCGGUCUGUCAAAUUCUGUUGCAGCUUCCGGGAACCUUGGUGGGACGGCUGGUGGUUCUAACGCGACGUCGGGCAACCAGCAUCAUCACUCCCAUCACCAUCAUCAUGGUAGUGCCGGUGCCCAUCACAGCCACGGACAUCACCUGAGGAACGCGAUUGGCGCCACUGCCUGUGGCAGCGAUACGAAUUCCGGUUCCGGAAACGACGGACACUCCACCAGCAAGGAUAAGGGAUCGUACAAAUCGUUUGCUGGUUUCAGUUCACGCUCGGUGAAAACCAUCUGGGAGCAGCACGAUAAGCAGGAAACGGAAGUGUCAUCGGAUGUGUACACCAAACUUGCCGAGGACACGACCUACAAACUGUGGGAGUUGGCAAAUAAUAUUAAAACAUACAGUCGUCAUUCAAGCGGAAAAGUUACGUAUGAUCUGGUUAACCAGGUGCUGAAAGAUUGCGAUGUUCCUCCCAUCGUUGGAGCAAAUAAUGAACCUUGGGAUAGGAUUGAGUACGAUGGAGUAUAUUUUUUCAAUUCGGACGAAGUCUUGGAUUUGCGGGAGGAGUACAUUAAAGAUGUAACAAUGGAACAAAGUAACAUUCCGGUGCUUACAACUUCAUGGAUGUCGGAAUCGGCUAUUGCUGAGGACUUGGUGGAAUUGUACAAUAAUUUAUGUGAUGCAAUUUACAUCGGUGAUGAGGAUUGCUUCGAAGAAGCGAUAAACAUUCUCAUCUAUAAUCCGCAUGUUCCAUCUCUGAUGAAGCUUUUCUUAACGAAAGCUAUCGAAAUGUUGGGCUUCGAGUAUACCGAAACUACCUUGAGCCGGUCUCUUCAAUUUCUGGAAGCUUUGGUGAGGAACAAUCAUAUGUCCCAUUCUGACUUAACUCUGGAGUUAAGUUUGUUAAGUCAAAUAUUCGUUAAUUUGCUUCUGGGACCGCCGAAUUUAGUUUCCAACAAGAUAUUGGCUGCCACACCGAUGAACAUUGAUUUGCAGCCCCAGUCGCUUGGAUCUCAGUUGCAGCAACCGCACUCCAUCAAUCAAAAUGGAACGGAAUCGUCUCUGGGCUCCGGGCCACCUUCACAAAGUACCAUGGAUCAAUCGAUGGGAUUCAACCAUUCGACAAUGGUUCCUAUGAACAUUUUGGAAAAUAAUCUUCCUGGGCCGUCCGAGGACUCCAACAACUCAAAUUCGAAUGUCACCGAAGAACUGCUUCGUAGCAUUGAAAAUAUUAAGGAAGGUCCCGAUGGGAUCGAUAUCAACAACAUCAAAGAUGAGUACGAAGCACUUUUCUCAAUGGUUCAGGGCUUAGGGAAGCAAGAAGCCGGGGAAGAACCAGGUGAUAUUGUUGACAACUUUCAAAUAAAAUCGGAGUUUAAUAACGAAUUCAAUAGCUCUGGUACAAGUUUUAUUGUCCAACAGAAUGAACCUUCGCUGAUGAGUACGGAAGGUAACUUUGAUAUCAAACAUGAGGUGGAAGAAAAAAUCAAACCCGAACCUAUUAUGAUUGAAGAUCCUGAUGAAAAUGUGAGUUUACAAAUGUCUGAAAGUACAACGGGUGAGGUGAACAAUCACAAUUCAACAACACUGGAAAGCGAAAAUAUCAUCACGAUGAUUUGCAAUGACUAUCUUGUUGAUAGCGUUAGCCGGGUGAUAGGACUUUGCUGCGGCAAAUGGGGCUUCGUGGAGCAAGAAUGUACGUUUCUGCUAGUUGAAAGAUUGCAGCGCUUCUUCGAUGACAAGAAAACCAUAAUCAUUGACUACAAUUGGUUGUCGCGGGCACUGCGCGCCCUGUGGUCGGUAGGAGAAUUCGCCUUUCGGGAACUGAUUCCCUACCUGGAACAAAUCAAUCCUGACAUGGUACCUGACUUUAUCCAUCCAUAUUUUAAUAUGGCCGGGAUUUUUCUUCAUGGGAAAGGUGACAUUUUUCUCUAUGAAUAUUUAAGCGAAAUUUGUGGCGAUGGAUUGAUUCCUUUCAUGUUUCAAUACGAACAAUAUCUCGAGAAAAAAUACAUAAAAUUUCACCGUAUUCGUGAGAAAAUUAACCAACGAAGUGAUAUCUACAGGCUCAAAGCAAAACUGGUGCUUAAAGUGCAACCCAAACCAUCAGGACAUCUUAAACCUCCACCCACGCUUAGUGAUUUUUUCCCAGAACGCACGGAAAAGCUUAUCCCUGCUAUUUUCUCCGGCAAGGCGGGUUCCGCUGUUCCUCAACCCCGAUUUAAUUUCCGCUUUGCUGGCUGUCGUCCUAUUGUAGGUUCUAUGAAGACUGUAGGAUUCAAACUGCGCAGUCGGGCACCACCCCCCUUCGGAGCUUCUUUGGACAGCGUGAGCAGCGUUGGCAUCAAGCAGAACGAACAUAAACUUCGAAGCUUCCAUUCCAAGGUAGUUGUGGCCCAUAGAAAGCUGUUAGCGCCGGACAGCAACAUAUGUCCGGCGCAGCACGUGUUCUGCCACGGAUCUACUAUUCUGUAAAUCUCAAUACAUAUACAUGUUUCUCCAAUUCAUUAAA